AUGAUUCGUGGUCUCCGCUCGCGCGCUCCUGCCGCCCGUCGUCUUGUCUCCACCUACAACGCCGCUCCAAGGUUCACAACCCUUUCUAACGGUACUACUGUGGUUACCGAACAAAACCCACACGCUACCUCUGCCGCCGUGGGUGUUUACUUCGGUGCUGGUUCCAGAGCUGAGAACCCAUACAACAAUGGUGUUGGUGCAUUGGGUCUGGCCAUUUUGGGUCUGGGCUUGAAGGAUGGUGUUUUGUUGUCUCUGUAUGCUACCAAGGAGCUCAACGGUGUUAUUGGUCAAUCCACCAACGAGAACGCUGCUGCUGCUGCCAAGACCGUUGCCUCCUUGGUUUCUAGCUAUGCUGAGGUGAUUGAGAAGUCUGACUUUGCUGCUGCUAAGGAUGCCCAGAUCGCCAAGAUCGACGCUUUGGAGAACACCCCAUCGUCUAUGGUUUUGGAGCACCUUAACGCUACUGCUUUCCAGGGUCACUCUCUUGGUUUGCCAACUUUGGGUACUUACAACUCUGUCUCUGACUUGGAGCACUCCGACGCUACCAGAUUCUUGGAGUCUGCUUUGGUGGCCCACAACACCGUUAUCUCCGCCUCUGGUAACGUUGACCACGACGCCAUUGUUGACGCCGUCGAGUCUUCCUUGAAGCUCGCUCCUGGCUACAAGGCUGCUGCUCCUGCUGCUCCUUUCUUGGGUUCUGAGGUCAGAUUGAGAGAUGACACCAUCCCUAAGGCUUACAUCUCCAUUGCUGCUCAAGGUGAGGGCAUCAACUCCCCAGCUUACCACGUUGCUCAGGUUGCUGCUGCCAUUUUCGGUUCUUUCGACCACAACGCUGCCAUUGCUAAGUUCACCUCUCCUAAGUUGGCUUCCAUCGUCCAGGACUACCACAUCGUAGACAAGUACACCCACUUCUCCACCUCUUACUCCGACACCGGUUUGUGGGGUUUCAACGCCGAGAUCUCUAACCUUUACAACAUCGACGACUUUGUACACUUCACCUUGAAGGAGUGGAACAGAUUGACCGUCUCUAUCACCGAUGCUGAGGUUGCCAGAGGUAAGAACGCUGCUAAGGUUGCUUUGUUGGGUGCCUUGAACUCUCCUGUUGCUGUCUCUUCUGAGAUUGCCUCUAAGGUCUUGUUGAACGGCUUCAGAGCUUCUGUUGAGCAAGACUUGGCCUCCAUCGACGCUAUCACCACAAGCGACGUCAAGGCUUGGGCUUCUGCUGCCUUGUGGGACAAGGACAUUGCUAUUGCCGGUACUGGAUCCAUCGAGGGUUUGUUGGACUACAACAGAGCCAGAAACGACAUGGCCAUGAUGAGAUUCUAA